AUGAGCCAGAGGAUUGUGCAAGGCACUGCAAUCCUCUGCCGGCAGAGCCAGGCAACUGUGGAGGGUGCUCAGGCAGCAAAACCCCUUGGGGCACGGAGAUUGUUGCACAGGGAGCCUGGGGCCAAUUGGCUCCUCCAUACGAUCAAAUGUCACUAUAAGUUGAGAGCUGCACCACCUUGGGAGGCUCGCAAAUCCCAGCCUGCCUGUCCCCUUCAGCAGGAGCUCGGUGCUUCUCUCUGUUCCUCCCAGAAACUCAUUGCCAACAUGUCUGAUACCGAGGAAGUGGAGCAAGGAGAGGCUCAGGAAGAAGAAGAGGUUCAAGAAGAAGCUCUUGCUUCCUGUCAUGUCCCACAUUAUGAAGCUCAAGAAGCAGGAGCUCAGGAGGAAGAAGUCCAUGAACCAGCCCCCCCUCCAGUUCAAGAGCCAGCAGAAGAAGCCCCUGAAGAAGAGGAGAGGCCUAGAAUAAAACUAACUGCUCCUAAAAUACCAGAGGGUGAGAAAGUAGAUUUUGAUGACAUCCAAAAGAAAAGGCAGAACAAAGACCUGAUUGAACUACAAGCCUUGAUUGACAGCCACUUUGAAGCCAGGAGAAAGGAAGAGGAAGAGCUGGUUGCCCUCAAGGAGAGAAUUGAGAAGCGUAGAGCUGAAAGAGCAGAGCAACAGAGAAUCCGGGCUGAGAAGGAGAAGGAGCGUCAGGCAAGGCUUGCGGAGGAAAAGGCACGGAGAGAGGAAGAAGAUGCCAAAAGAAAAGCUGAGGACGAUCUCAAGAAGAAAAAAGCUCUGUCCUCCAUGGGUGCCACAUACAGCAGCUAUCUGGCUAAGGCUGAUCAGAAGAGAGGAAAGAAGCAAACAGCUAGAGAGACAAAGAAGAAGGUCCUGGCAGAGAGGCGCAAGCCCUUGAACAUCGAUCAUCUUAGUGAAGACAAGCUGAGGGACAAGGCUAAGGAACUGUGGGACUGGUUAUACCAGCUGGAGACUGAAAAGUAUGACUUUACAGAACAGAUCAAGAGGAAAAAAUAUGAGCUUUUAACAAUGCGUUGCAGGCUGCAGGAGCUUUCCAAAUUAUUGUCACCCUCAGGAACCGGAUCGAUCAGGCUCAGAAGCACAAGAAGGCAGGACCACCCAAGGGCAAGGUUGGCGGGCGCUGGAAGUAAAGAACCAGGCAGGAUGGCCCUUAGUGGAGUGCCAAAACCCUGCUGGUCUCCUCUUUCUUCCUUCACCGAUUACUUGUAUUCCUAUGCAUCAAUGCUAACAAAAAUCACAACAUCAGCCUGCAUUGGCUAUUGCUGCUGCUUUUCUUCUUUUUCUUCCUGGAGGGGUCUGUCGGCUUCCUCAGUCAAAAGGAAGCAGGUUCCCUGUGGAACUGAAAUGACUCCUUGCUGGCAUCUUCAAUUCCUGCUGAGCAUGUUCUUCAUCCUCCUGAUACCAUCCCUAUGCUGUCCUGUAGAUUGCUGUGUACAAAUCUCUGGAUUUUGUAAAUAAAGCACAACUAGUACCUACU